AUGGCAACACAGAACUUACCACCUAAUCAAGAUCCUGCUAGUCCUUUUUAUCUGCAUCCUACAGAUAACACUGCAAAUCAAUUGCCAAAACCCGAUCCUACUGAUAUAACAUAUGAAGCAUGGUUGAGAUGCAAUGACAUGAUGAUUUCAUGGAUAUUGUUUAACCUGGAUUCAGUGAUAUCUAAAAGUGUGUUGUAUUUCAAUAAUGCAAGAGAGAUAUGGCUUGACCUAGAGGAUAGAUUUGGAUUUGUUUCUGGUCCACAAAUUUAUGCUCUUGAAAGGCAAGCAUCAGACAUCACACAAGGUUCACAGAAUGUAGCAGAAUUCUUUACUGAGAUCAAGUCAAUUUGGGACAAGAUCAGUGCAGCAAAUCCUCUUCCAACUUGUACUUGCAACUUAUGCACUUGCAAUUUGACACAAAAGACCUUCAAGAUGCAACAAGAGCAAAGGUUGAUGCAAUUUCUUAUGAAAUUAGGAGAGCAUUUAGCUGCAGCUAGAGGCAACUUACUCAUGAUGCAACCACUCCCAACGCUAUCACAUGCAUAUAGGAUGCUGGCACAAGAAGAAAGACAGAAGGAAAUUAGUGCUCCUGUACAGCAUGAGAGUCAUGCUUUUGCAGCAGACAGAAGAAGGUAUAAUGAUUACCAAGGGAGAAAUAGUUACAAGGCACAACAAUCAGGCUAUAAUAGGAACAAUUAUCAAUCAACUGGAGGGAACAAAGCAACUGGAUAUAAGAGACCUCCAUCUAGCUACUACUGUGAUCACUGUAAGGUUAAUGGACACAGCACAGAGAGAUGUUUCAAAUUGCAUGGUUUUCCACCAGGUUUCACAGGAUUCAAGAGUGACAAAAGAGCUGCUGAUGCUGUCUAUACUGAUGAAGCUUACUAUGAUGAUAUGACUGAAUAUCAACAGCUAUAUUUUCCUAAUGACAGAGAGCAACAACCACAACAGCCACAGGCAAACUUUUUCACACCAGAACAAUGUACACAAUUGUUAAAUCUACUGAACAAGCAACAGGUUGAGAAAGUGGCUUCCACAGAUGCUCAGUUUGAGGAAGGGGACAGUUCAGGCCAUGCAUUCAUGGCAUGUAACAGUUAUUGCUUUCUUACUUGUUCUCAUUCAAGUUGGUUAUUAGAUAGUGGAGCUUCAGAUCAUAUGUGUGCUAGUCUUAGCAUGUUUGAUUCAUAUGAACCUGUUACUGGAACUGGAGAGUGCAUAACAAUACCAGAUGGAAGGAAAGUGAGUGUCCUUCAUAAGGGAACUGUCACCAUAAAUGAAAACAUACAGCUGACAGGUGUUCUGCAUGUUCCAGAUUUUCAGUACAAUUUGUUAUCUGUGAACAAACUAUGUACUGAUCAUCAAUGCACUGUGUCAUUUACUGCUGAUAAAUGUUAUCUGCAGGGCCAUUUAAUGAAAGAGAAAGAGGUUCUUGGUAGUGUGAAGUCAGGUCUUUACAGUGUGGAUUCAGAACAGCAUCAGUCUGCAACUUCUUCCACUACAUGUCUAGCAGCAACAACAUGCACAGAUCCAAAGUUUGGCAUUUGA